GGUGGGCCACUUUACUGGAAUGGGAGGUGUGGCUGCUGUAGGCUGCCUGUCCUCCCAGCCUUCUGCCACACCUAGGUGUGGGGCGGGGCCAGGCCGCCUCUGCGGGGGUGGGGCGGGCCAGGGCAGGCCCGGUCCUCCCCUCCGGCCCCUGGAACUAACCCGGAACUAACCUGGGCUCCUUUGGGAAGGCCACAGAGCCAGGCCAGUAGUGGGGGCUGAGCUGUAAGGGUCACUGGAGCCACGUUUUGGACAGAGGGACACCCUCCUAGACCGCCUCCCUGACCAGGUAUCCCCUCGGCGGGAGGUGGCACGGUAGGUGGAAAGCGCCCACAGCCGGCUGGACCAUGGCGCCUCCGCGGAACGUGGUGAAGAUUGCCGUCCAGAUGCCUGACGCCAUCCCACAGCUUAUCCAGCUAGACCAGGCAAAGCCCCUGGCCACUGUGCUGAAGGAGGUGUGCGACGCGUGGAGCCUGACUCACUCGGAGCGCUAUGCCCUGCAGUUUGCUGAUGGGCAAAAGAGAUACAUCACUGAGAAUAAUCGCAUGGAGAUCAAGAAUGGCAGCAUCCUGUGCCUCAGCACUGCCCCUGACCUGGAGGCUGAGAAGCUACUGGGUAGGCUGCAGAGUACAAGUCGUGAAGGGCGCUGUGAAGCCCUGAGACACCUGGUUCUGCUGGCUUCAGACAUGACCUUUGCCCAGGAAGUCAUCAGCCGUGAUGGGCUUCAGAGACUAAGCACCAUCAUUGAGAAUGGGGAUGAUCUAGGGGAGGUGCUGGCUCUUGGUCUGAAGGCCUUUUUGGAGCUCAUGGAACAUGGUGUGGUGUCCUGGGAGACGCUCAGCAUCCCUUUUGUCAAGAAGGUGGUCUCUUAUGUGAACAUGAACCUGAUGGAUGCCUCUGUACAGCCCUUGGCCCUUGGGCUGCUGGAGAGUGUGACUUUGAGCAGCCCUGCUCUAGGCCUGCUGGUCAAGAGUGAGGUGCCACUGGACAGGCUGUUGGUGCACCUGCAGGUGAUGAACCAACAGCUACAAACCAAGGCCAUGGCAUUGUUGACAGCCCUGCUACAGGGGGCUAACCUCACUGAACGUAAGCACAUGCUUGACUACCUAUGGCAGAGGAAUCUUCGCCAGUUCAUCUACAAGAACAUCAUCCAUAGUGUAGCACCCCUGGGUGACGAGAUGGCUCAUCACUUGUACAUACUGCAGUCCCUUACACUGGGGCUGCUAGAGCCACGCAUGAGGACACCACUUGAUUCCUACAGCCAGGAGCAGCGGGAACAGCUGCAGGCCCUGCGCCAGGCUGCCUUUGAAUCAGAGGGGGAGUCCCUGGGCACAGGGCCAAGUGCUGACCGUCGCCGGUCUCUCUGUGUCCAAGAGUUCCGAAAGCUGGGCUUCUCCAACAGCAACCCAGCACAUGACCUGGAACGUGUGCCCCCUGGUCUGCUAGCCCUGGAUAACAUGCUCUACUUCUCCAAACAUGCACCCAAUGCAUACAGCCGGUUCGUGUUGGAAAACAGUAGCCGGGAGGACAAGCAUGAGUGCCCCUUUGCCCGGAGCAGCAUCCAGCUGACGGUAUUGCUGUGUGAGCUGCUCCGAGUUGGGGAGCCUUGUUCCGAGACAGCGCAGGACUUCUCACCCAUGUUUUACGGCCAAGACCAGAGUUUCCAUGAGCUCUUCUGUGUGGCUAUCCAGCUGCUGAAUAAGACCUGGAAGGAGAUGCGGGCAACCCAGGAGGAUUUUGACAAGGUAAUGCAGGUGGUACGGGAGCAGCUGGCCCGCACACUGGCCCUAAAGCCCACCUCCCUGGAGCUCUUCCGAACCAAAGUGAACGCCCUUACCUAUGGGGAGGUGUUGAGGCUGCGGCAGACAGAACGGCUACACCAGGAGGGCACACUGGCCCCUCCCAUACUGGAGCUUCGGGAGAAGCUGAAGCCAGAACUUCUUGGCCUGAUCCGCCAGCAGCGUUUGCUCCGACUCUGUGAGGGGAUGCUUUUCCGAAAGAUCAGCAGUCGGAGGCGCCAGGACAAGCUGUGGUUCUGUUGCUUGUCACCCAACCACAAAGUGCUGCAGUAUGGAGAUGUGGAGGAGGGUGACAACCCACCUACCCUAGAGAGCUUGCCCGAGCAGCUCCCUGUGGCAGACAUUAGGACACUCCUGAUGGGCAAGGACUGCCCCCAUGUCCGGGAGAAGGGCUCUGGAAAGCAGAACAAGGACCUCUAUGAGCUGGCUUUCUCCAUCAGCUAUGACCAUGGGGAAAAGGAAGCUUACCUCAACUUCAUUGCCCCCUCCAAGCGGGAUUUCCACCUGUGGACAGAUGGGCUGAGUGCCCUGCUGGGCAGCCCCAUGGGCAGUGAACAGACCCGGCUGGACCUGGAGCAGCUGCUAACUAUGGAGACCAAGUUGCGCUUGUUGGAACUGGAGAAUGUGCCCAUUCCUGAGAAUCCUCCCCCAGUACCCCCACCCCCUACCAACUUCAACUUCUGCUAUGACUACAGCAUCACUGAGCCUUGACUGAAGUUGGCUAUGGGCCACAGUUGCUGCUACCACUGCAGCACCACAAAGGAGGGCAGAGAAGCACAGACAACCUGACCAGCAGAGUCUCUAGCACAAAUAAAGUCAGCAUGGCCUAUAAAAA